AUGAAUAUCGAUCAAAGCAAUGUGGUGGUAAAAGAAGAGGAAGAUCAGAAUAAUCCUAUAGAUAUUAACCUUUUAAAAGAGGAACAAGAAUAUCAAGUAGAUGAUGAUAAUAAAAUGCACAUAGAUAGUGACAAAGGGGAACAAGAAUAUCAAGUAGAUGAUGAUACUAAAAUGCACAUAGAUAGUGACAAAGAGGACGAUGAUGAUGAAAUUAUUAAGGAAAUACCAAUCAACUUAACCUCCGCUCCAUAUCCGGUCAACGUUCUACAAUAUCCAAACAAACCAAAACGUUCAUUGGAUAAAAAUAGGGCGCUCCCUCAUCCAUAUAUUUCUCAGGUUAAUUAUAAAGAAAAAUCAAAACUAUGGGAAUUAGAAAUUCCUUUGAAUGAACAAUUAUUUUAUGAUAAAGAAGGGGCUGAAGAAAAAUGGCCAAGUGAAGACAUUAAAAAACAAUUCUUAAGAGGUGUUUGUGUCGAUGAAACCGACCAAUUUGUUGGUGUAUAUGCAAACGAUCAAAUUUAUUUAGUACCAGUACAAGGUUAUGCUCAAUUAAGACCAUGUUUUAAACAUAUAGAUGAAUCCACAAAAAACAUAUCAGAGGGUAAUAACGUUACUGGUCGUAGCAUAACCAGUGGGUCUAUCACCACUACCUCGGACAACAAUAGUAAAAACAGUAAUAAUGCUAAUAGAGCAACAAUGGUUACUAUGAGCGUGAAAAGUACUAGUGAAGCUAAUAAAAAUAGAUUAGGUGGAGCACUAGCGGCACAUAAAAUAGAAGAAGAGGAAGAGAUCAAAAUAUUAGACUGGGUAGAUCAAACAUUUGGUGACUUUAAAAAUUCAAUCAUUAACCAAGAAGCACAUCGCAACUUAGAUUUGAAAUUAAAAGAAGGCAGUGAUUUGGCAAAAAUAUUUGAAUAA